AUGAGUGGUUCGCAGCAGAUAUCGCGCGGCUCUGAGAGCUCCACCUGGAGCACUGGCGAAAACUCGUCAGCUCCGCUGAAUGCUUCGGCGCCUACAUUUGCGCCUCCCCAGUCGCAAACACAAGCUCUAGAAACUUUGUUGGGCGCAGGCACUCGACGCAUAUACAUCACCGCUGAACGCGAGGACGCCGGCGCUUCCCCUGACUACCCUACAUUUUUGAAGGGUGUUCGUUUUGAUCCAGCAAGUAACCGCAGGUGGUACGAGGACGUCCUUCCGUACUUAUCGAAGUGCACAUUUGUCGUUUCCUCGACCGCCGAUGUGAUCUAUAGCGGCAACAUCUUCAGUUCUGCGGCUCUGCCUCAUAUCUAUAACGCGGUGACCAAGAUGGAGCUUCCCAAGUUCUACUGGUUCAGUGGUGUCGCUCUCAAUCGACAUCACAACCCGUACCUGCAGAUGUGUCGCAACCUGCCAAAUCUACGCGACCUGAGCCUCACUAUCCACACAGCGGGGCUGACAAACCAGCGCUGGGCUGAGCGCCAGAUUGCCGCACUUGAGCAGAAGAACCCCGAAGCCGCAAAGGAGCGCAUCCUACUACCUUUGCGCGAGGUAGUGCAUCGCUAUCAGCUAGAUGCCGUCUUCACUUGCGGUCGUCUCCAGAGGCUUCGGUUAGAGUACAUUGAUUCGGCUAUGACAGCCUACUUCUGCAAGGUGGGUAGGCCUGUUGAUGUUGUCAGGGAGGUGCAAAGUUAUCUUGAGCAAGGUUUCAUCAAGCGGGGUCUGCAGGUGGAGGUCGAGCUUGUUCGUUUAGAGGAAGGAAGCAGGUGCUGA